AUGUUUUCAGAGCAGCGCGCGGGGAGCCUAGUCAAGCGCGCCGCAGCUCGGGCCCCGCCCCCGCCCCCGCCGGGUGCUAUUAUCCAGGGAAGAAUUAAGGGGGAGACAGGGUGUGGGUGCUGGGGAGGCGAAAGAAGGGGGAGUUCCCGCCCCGGGCAAGCUGAGCUGCUGCAGCGACAGCAGCCUCCAUGCCCCGCGGACUUGAUUUAUGCCGCCUGCUCCACGUCAACUGCAGGCUGGCGGGAGGCGGGCGGGUCGUGCCGGGUGGGAGGGCUCUGCGGAGGGCUGGCGCGGGUGGGCUGGCCUCAGAGACUGCGGCGGCCCGCGCUCAGCACCCUGGAUAGCAAUACCAAGGGCUCGCGCGGGCACCCUCGACCUUUCAGCACCGGGGACAGCGGUCCGGCCGCAACGCCGCAUCUGCCUGCGGCAGAAACGCUUGGCCAGGGCCGGAUGUGCCAGGGCUGGAGACCAAAUUGUUUCUCUGAGGCCCCGGUCUUACGGAGACCCUUAAUAGAGCAGUCAUAGUUGGUUUAAAGAAAACAAGAAAGAAAUAAAUCUUGCUCACAGAGACUCUUUUGCAGACAAUUUUCUGCUUCCCUCCUCACCUCCUUCAUAGCUUCAACAAAAUAAUAGUCUACUUGUGGAAAUCUGUGUUGCCCUCUGCCUCUUAUUUUAGGUAGAAAAUAAAUACAUUUUUUAAAUAUGCAUUUAUCCUUCAGCACGGUAUCAUGGGUUUUGUUUUUUAACACAGAGUAGAUCUGUCUACAGAUCUUGGGUGAGCAUGAGUAGUGUAUAUAUGAAGAAGCCAAUGCUGUCUGUUUAUAGGGAUGACACGUCUCUCUAUAUGUUUCCAUUUGAUAAAAAUUUGAGAUUAGCUGAACUAAGCAGAAUCAACUUUAAAAAUGAAUCACUGUUUAUUUUCCUUCUCCCCCCAUCUUGCAAUCAGGCAUGAACACAAGUAUUCAUCCACAAAAACACAUCUGAUAAAUAUUACAGGUCCUGUACUGUAUAACCUCUUUGGCCAUGGUUUCAGAGUUUCUGGAAGUAUUUCCUAUCAGCAUUGGUUAUCGCAGGCUGAUAGCUUUAGAUUUUGAAAACAUUAAGACUGGUCUUCCUCAGGAGAAUCCAACUAUGUCCUUCAGGGUAAUGCAGGUAAAGAACCAUGGUGUUAGACUGGAACUGAACUCUGACCUAAAAGAUCUACUGCAAUUUCUCUUAUGGCACUGCGGGAUUUUGCUGAGGUGGUGAUAACUACUUUAACCAUUUUCUAUUCUGAGGCUUGGAGCAUCUGAGAGAGCAAAAGUCA